UUACUAAACCUCCAUCUGUAACAGUCCUUCAUUAUUGCUCUCUCUCUCUCUCUGCCUUAAUACACACAUCUCAUCUCCUUCGAAAUUUUCCUGAUCGAAACAAGUAACCAACAAAGGAAAAGAAAGAAGGAAGAAAGAAAACCAUUUCUUAAUUAAUUCCUAGACACAGAAAGAAAAGAUGAGAAGUAGCAAUCACUUGAUAGGUUUACUGAACUUCAUAACUUUCUUGCUAUCAAUCCCAAUCUUAGGGGGUGGAAUAUGGCUAAGCAGCAGAGCCAACAACACAGACUGUUUAAAGUUCCUGCAGUGGCCAUUGAUCGUCAUUGGUGUAUCCAUCAUGGUGGUUUCUUUAGCUGGUUUUGCUGGCGCGUGUUACAGAAACACUUUCUUGAUGUGGUUAUAUCUCUUUGUUAUGUUCUUCAUCAUCGCUGCGCUCAUCGGCUUCAUUAUCUUUGCUUAUGCUGUCACUGAUAAGGGGAGUGGCCGGCCGGUCAGUAAUAGAGCUUAUUUAGAUUAUUAUUUGCAGGAUUACUCAGGCUGGUUGGAGGAAAGAGUGGCUAGCGAUAGCUACUGGAGUAAGAUUAGCUCUUGUAUUAGAGAUUCUAAAGUUUGUGCAAAGAUGGGCGUUACUGUUAAUGGUGUCCCUGAAACUGCUGAUAUGUUUUUUCAGAGGAAGCUUAAUCCUAUUCAGUCUGGCUGCUGUAAGCCCCCUAGCGACUGUGGUUUUGCCUACGUGAAUGAAACUGUAUGGACAUCGGUAGGAGGGGUUGUUUACAACCCUGACUGCAACAACUGGAGUAAUGAUCAAGAGCAACUGUGUUAUUCUUGCAACUCUUGCAAGGCCGGGGUGCUCGGCAGCAUCAGAAAGAGCUGGAGGAAGGUGUCGGUGAUCAACAUUGUUAUCUUAAUCAUACUAGUGAUUGCUUAUGUGAUUGGUUGUGCUGCCUUUAGGAACAAUCGCCGGAUUGAUAAUGAUGAACCCUACGGCGAAGCCAGGAUGACGAAGGCACAACCCAGUAGGAUCCAUCUCUAAAUUAUUGGAGUGAAAUUGUUGCUUGGAUACUUAGUAUUUCAGGAAGGUAUUUUAUGGUUUUGGUUUUCCUUUUUUUAGGGUUGUAUAUCUUUGCCAACUGCACUUAAAUUUUGUUCCUUAGUUUUGAAAGACUGGGAUGUAUAUGUUGCUCUCAAGUAAUGUAUUUCUUCCACCAAGCUUUGCUUUUUAUGGGAACAGAAAAUUGUAUUGUAAUUAGAAGAUUAAGUAAUGGCAGAACUUUUUCUUCAA